UCUUGAGAGAGAGAGAGAGAGAGAGAGAGUUUUCUGCCACACGCUCCCUCUCCAGUUCAAAUCUUGAGACUUGAGAGAGAGCGAGCGAGAGAGAGAGAGACACACACACACACACAGAGAGAGAGAGAGAGAGAGGCCUUGCAAGUUCUUCAAUCCAGGUCCAGCGCGCCGGAAGCGGAAGCUGCUGCAUUUUCCUGUCCCGGGAAGGCGAGAACCACCAACCCAAUGGGCCGGAGCCUGAGCCCGCUGCUCCGGCAGGAGCUGGAGAACCUGGACAAAGACGCCGACAGCCGCCGGAACGCCAUGAAGACGCUCAAGUCCUACGCCAAGCAGCUCGACUCCAAGUCCAUCCCCCACUUCCUCGCCGAGGUCUCCGACAACAAGCCCCCCGGCCUGCCCUCCGGCGAGUUCACCAUCUCGCUCUACGAGGUGCUCGCCAGGGUCCACGGCCGGAACAUCGUGCCGCAGAUCGGCAACAUCAUGUCCACCAUCACGCGCACGCUGUCCUCCAGCGGCGGCUCCUUCCCGCUGCACCAGGCGUGCUCCAAGGUGGUGCCGGCCAUAGCGCGGUACGGCAUCGACCCCUCGGCGCCCGAGGAGGAGAAGGCGCGCAUCAUCGCCUCCCUCUGCAAGCCCCUCUGCGGCGCGCUCAUGAGCGACCAGGACGGCGCGGCGUCGGGCGCCGCGCUCUGCCUCAAGGCGCUCGUCGAGUCGAGCAACUGGAGGUUUGCGUCCGGUGAGGCCGUCAACGAGGUCUGCCUGAAGGUCGCCGGGGCGAUGCACGACAGGUCAACCCGGUCCAAUGCGCACAUGGGCCUGGCAAUGGCGCUUGUCAAGCACAACGGCCUGAUUGCAGAGGCGUAUGCGAGGUCCCUUGUGCGGUCUGCCCUGCAGGUUCUUGACGGCGACGCCGCGGAGAGCAGCUCCCAGAAGCGGCUCUCGGCGAUCCAGAUGAUCAAUUUCUUCAUGAAGUUUGUCGACCCCAGGAGCAUAUCCUCGGAGCUUGGCAAGGUGGUGGAUGUCAUGGAGCAAUGCCAGAACGACCGCAUGCCGUUCGUCCGAGGCGCCGCGUUUGAGACGUCACAGACUGCCAAGAACAUUGCUGCGCAGAAGGGGUCGAGGCACGAGGUCACCACGAGCCCGAUGGUAGGCUCCAACUUCCAGAAGAGAAGAGAGAAAAGCCCAUGCAGGAGCCUCUGGAAUGCCAAGGGCAGCAGCCCUGCAAGCUCCACCAUGUCUGCUUCACCGGUUCAGUUCCAGUCCCCUGAAUCACAGGUGGUAGACUCAACCAUCAUGUAUGGCAGUAGUACGCUCACUGAAUCGCCCAUCUCGAUCGGGCAGUCUUCUUGCAAUUUCGAUCAGAGCCGGCGCGCAAACAGGAGGUUAUGGAGCAAUGAUGGUGUGGAUGUUUCUCUCAAGGAUGGCCUGUUCAUUAGGUUCUGCUCAAACGGCAAGUGCCUUGAAGAUGACUUGGGGGAGGUUUGUGACAGCGAAGUAACCGAUGCCGAUUUCGAGUGCACUGGCACAUUCACAGGAUUUGUUUCAGCUAGCCCCAACAACGCCUUAUCAAGAGAUGAGACCCCCGGUCCGCAGGCUUCUGAAAGGCCGAUCAGCAUUGAUGAUGUGAAGCUAUACACGACACCGAGAAAGCUUCUCCGAUCUCUCCAGAGUUCAUACGACUUCGACUCUGAUCGCCACAAGGAAAAAUCAAUUAUGAAGCUGAACUGCUCAUCAUCGUCAUCGUCGUCAUCAUCAUCACCACCAUCAGAUCAGGAACAUAAGGAACUAACAGAGUCAUCUGAGGAUAUGCAAUCUGAGCAUUCUGAGAGCAAGACCGAAGAGGGGAGCAAAGAGACUGAAACCGCUGCUGAUAGGCCUAGCGCUAAGGGUACUAUGGAGAUUAUCUGCAAUGAAGAUAAAUCAGGUCUGUCUAGUACUGAAGUUGAGAAUACAACCUGUGAAGAAUCCUCUGAGGUUGAAUUCAAGGAGCUGGAUGUUUGUGUGAAAAGAAGCAGAGGGAAGACCAGGAAGUUCAAGACAAUAUUCGGUUGUCUUUCGAGCAUAAUCAUUAUCGCUGUCGCAAUCAUCGCUGUGUUAAUUAGGAUAGAAGACAGUUCUGAGGAUUAUGUUGGUCUAGUCCCCACUUGAUGUCUGUAGGUAUUCCUACUGUUUAAGUUAUUGCAUUGUUUCUACUACCACAGUAGUGGUGGUUAGCUGGCCUAAUUAUUUUGCAGUCAUUAAUCUUUGUAUGACAGCAAACCCUUGAUAUGCUUGUUGAUUUUGUGUCUGUGAUGUGCUUAUAAAGUGUUGUGUUCCUGUGCUGAAGCAA